CGCCAUGUGGAAGGUUAUCUACUACCUCAACCUCGCCCUCUACACCAUACUCCUCAUUUCCACCUCCUUUCUCGCAGUCCUCAUCGCCAUAGUAUGCUCACUCACAGGCCGCAGACUCAACACAAACUACUUCGUAGCCCGCACCUUCUAUUGUAUUGCAGGCACGAUACUCGGAUGGAAAUUCCAGGUCGAAGGCGAGCAGUAUCUCUGGGAGCUUAGUGGAGAGCACGGUGGUGGAAAGGCGAAUGAAAAGGGUAGGAGUAUGGUCAUGGUCGGCAAUCAUCAGAGCUUCGUCGACAUUCUUUACUUGGGAAGGAUCUUCCCCAAACAUGCCGCCAUCAUGGCUAAAAAGUCCAUUCAGUGGAUCCCAGGGCUUGGAUGGUUUAUGAUGAUGUCCGGCACCGUCUUCAUCAAUCGUUCAAACAACAAGUCGGCCAUUGCCUCUCUUCAACAUGCUGGUGAAGAAAUGAAGCGAAAGAGGAUAUCGCUUUGGAUCUUCCCCGAAGGCACACGACACAAUACCCCCGAGCCUGAGCUUUUGAAUUUCAAGAAGGGCGCUUUCUAUCUUGCUGUCCAGGCCGGCGUGCCUAUCGUUCCUGUCGUCUGCGAGAACUACAACCACCUUUUCAAUGGUAAAUCCCACUUCCGUCGCGGAACUCUCCGCAUCAAAGUUUUACCCCCUAUCUCGACCACCGGCCUCACCGCUGCUGAUGUGCCGGGCCUUAUCGAAAGGACCCGGAAUGCCAUGCUUGAAACUCUUCAAGAAAUCUCCACGCCAUCCCAAUCUACAUCUCAGGCCGGUUCACCUGACCCUUUACUGGGCAGGUCAGGGCGUGAAAGAGAAGAUUAUUACACUUCGGGCUCUCCCGCACCUCCUCAGAGCGUACCAUCCACAGCUGAAAUAGGCACAGAGGAAGAAGCCGAGGCUGCCGUAGAGGACGCCAUCGGUCGGGAGGAAGCCGACAAUGGAGAGAGGCACGUACCCGUAGUUGGCAAAAACAAUAAAGAAGAUGAGACCAUGAGUUCGCCUAGGCGAUUAGUUAUAGCGAUGGUCUCGGAUUUCUUUUUUCCCGUCAUUGGUGGUGUCGAAGGACAUAUAUACUCCCUAAGUGUGGAACUGAUGCGCCGUGGGCAUAAAGUUAUCGUAAUAACACAUUCCCACCCUGAUCGAUUGGGUAUCCAUUACCUUGAGCCUUCACUCAAAGUCUACUAUCUUCCCUACCUUCCUAUCGCCUCAUCAGCAUCACUACCGAAUUUCCUUCUUUUUUUGCCAUAUUUCCGCCACAUUAUUUUGACUGAAAACAUUCAACUCGUUCACGGGCACGGCGCACUCUCGAGUCUUGCCCAUGAGGCUGUGAUUCACGCGCCAUUAUUGGGAGUCAAGGCCGUUUUUACUGACCACAGUCUUUUUGGAUUCGGAGAUGCAGUAGGGGUGUUGACAAAUAAAUUAUUGGGCGCUGCGUUGAGAUGUGUCGAUGAGGUUAUUUGUGUCAGUAAUACAGGGCGAGAAAACACGGUAUUAAGAGCUCAGCUUGAUCCUUCUAUCGUGUCAGUCAUACCUAAUGCUCUUGAAGCAGAGCACUUCAAGCCCGACCCUUUUCGUGCUGAUCCUGAUUGGAUUACAAUAGUAGUCAUUUCUCGCUUAGUCCAUCGCAAAGGGAUAGACCUUCUCAUCUCUUCUGCACCUCAGAUCUGUGCGCUCUUCCCAAAAGUUCGUUUCAUCGUUGGCGGAGAUGGGCCCAAGAUGGUAGAGUUGGAACAGAUGAGAGAAAAGUAUGAGCUUCAAGGGAGAGUCGAGCUGCUGGGGCGAGUAAAUCCAGGAGAUGUCCGUGAUGUUCUCACAAAGGGCCAGAUAUACUUGAGCAACUCUUUGACAGAAGCUUUUGGAAUCUCCAUCAUCGAAGCAGCGUCCGCAGGGCUUUUCGUAGUGGCCACCAAGGUCGGAGGCGUACCUGAAAUUCUACCACAAGACAUGAUAGAAUUUUGUCGAGCGGACGAGGAUGAUGUCAUUCGGGCGCUUACUCACGCAAUCCACACCAUACAAUCCUCACGGCACUCACCAUGGUCAGCCCAUAUCCGAGUACGUGACAUGUACUCUUGGUCCCAUGUCUCCUCCAGGGCGGAAAUUGUUUAUCUGCGGGCGAUGUCUCGACCUCAUAGAGAAAUAGGUGAGAGGAUGAGGAGAUAUCUGGAACUUGGUCCGGUAUUUGGGGUGGUGAUGUGUUGUAUAUUGGCUGUGGAGCAUUAUUUUUUCUGGCUUCUCGAGUGGUGGAACCCCCGAGACAAACUCCGACAAGUGAUCAGCUUUCCGGGCGUUGAAAGGUUUGAAGAUCGAGGGAAGAACAACAAGAAAUGAACCAAAAAAGAACAAUAAGUGUAACGUUCUGCAAUUGCUUGUACUGUAAUUUUCAAUUAUUCGAAGCAUGUUUUUACCUGCCUUAGCAUAACUAGAAC